GAGCAUUGCCCAAACACCCCCUGAACUCUGGCAGCUCGGGACUGUGUCAUUGCCCUGGGCAGCCUGUUCCAUGCCCACCGCCCUCCGGUGCACAACCCGUUCCUGACAUCCAACCUAACCCCCCACCGACACUGCUUCUUGUUUCCUGUCAGUAUUGUACUCAAUAUCCAAGAUGCUUCCGUUGUCGAGGAAAACACUUAUUGUAACAUUGUUCUCCAUAUGCUUAGGGACAGCAGAACAGAACGGAUGUGGCAGUAGCACUUUUCUUCCAUUUUUCUUCUUACAUGCACUACCACCCCUCGAUAUUGCGCAGCUGCGAUUACACCGGUAAGGGUCUGUAAGUCAGCCGAAGCUGCUGAUACUGAAGUAACGAAUGUCGCAGACGGCGAUAAAGCACAGACCGCCACAGUGCCGAGCUUCGGCCGUGACGACAGGGGCAGCGCCAGGCUGUGGGCGAGCCCAUCCUCGGGGGGAGGCCGGCGCCUGACAGAGCACCCUCCGGCUCCAAUGCUGGGGCACUCCGCAUGAUCUCCCCUCCGCAUGCUAACUUUUCUGAGCAAGUAGUCGAAAGCUUUCCAUCCGAUAUCCCUACUGGUAUAUACUAUGGAUGGGCCUGUGUUGGAAAUGGAGAUGUGCAUAAAAUGGUUUUGAGCAUAGGACGGAAUCCUUUCUAUAAGAAUAUUAAGAAAUCAGUGGAAACACACAUUAUCAACACGUUCAAGGAAGACUUCUAUGGAGAAAUUCUUAGUAUAGUCAUUAUUGGAUAUAUUCGAUCAGAAAAAAACUUCAAUUCUUUGGAGACGCUCAUUUCAGCAAUUCAGAAGGACAUUGAAGAGGCAAAAAGGCAACUAGAUUUACCAGAGCACCUUAAACUCAAAGACAAAUUCUUUAAUUUGCCAGAAGGGAAAAUAGUAAACCACUGAGCAAAACCACAUUUUUUUUCCUUGUUAUGGACCUCUUCUUGGCCUGGUUAUGUAUCAUAUAUUAUUUGAUACGACAUAGACUUGUGUAGUGGAUCUGUCUGGAAUUGAGUUAAUUUUCUUCACAGCAGCUCGUAUGGCACUGUGUUUUAGAUUUGUGAUGUAAUAUCCUAAUGUUCUAUCUGUUCCCAAACAGUGUUUGCACAGUGUCAAGGCCUCUUCUAUUUUAUUCUGACCCAAAUGCAUCCACUGGGGCUGUGCAAGAGGUCAGGAGGGGACACAACUGGGCAGGUGAUGUGAACUAACCAAAGAGAUGUUCUGUGCCAUACAGUGUCAUGCUCUGCAAUAAAAUGGAAAGAGGUUGUGGUUCAGGUAGGUUAGUGAUCUUUGCUUGGCUAGUAGCUGGGCAUUGGUCUCCCCAUGCAAGAUGGUGAGUAAUAAACAUUUUUAUCUUAUUCCACUCCACUGCUUGUUAAAUUGUCUUGACCCAUGAGUUUUCCUGCUUUUCAUCUUCCUUUCCUCUUCCCUUUCCCACUGGGAGUGAGAGGAACUGAGUGAGUGGUGCUUAGCUGCCUACCAGGGUUAACCCACAACCACCUGUUUGCGUGACUAUGAUUGGAACUGAACACUGAAGCUGCACAAUAUGAUUUAAGUUUUCUUGAGUUGACUGAUCACUAAACAUGAAAAAGGAGGAGAAAGCUAUUUUAGAUCCUUAUAGAUAAAUUACAUAUCCUCAUCGUACCAAUUAUGUAGAGAUUUUAACACAUGUGGAAUACGAACAAAGUUAAUUCUGACCUCCGCUUCUCCUGAGGUGUGGAGAGUUAAAACACCAUUGAAGAUUUUCAGGUUUUCACAGACAGAAUUUCAUUCUAAACUAAUUUCCUAGUUUUAUGCCAUCGCAUCUGGCUUGUAUCUAGCAGCUUAGAAUAAAUGAAUCAAAAGUUGACCUGUCAUGCACAAAGCCGAAGGCUGGAUAACACUAACAAGAAUAGUUCACUGUAGUUCUUAAUUUUGAUUGCAAUUAUUUAUUAGCCUUAAUUGAAAUUAAGGAAAUCUCUGUUACUUACUGAGUUACUGCAGUAUGGAUGCUUCUGCCUAGUUGACUGUUCAUACAACAGUGUGUAACACAUGCAGCUUCUUUCUGAGGAAAUGUUUCUCUAAAGUUCAAGAAAUGAAUGACGAGGAGAAAGCUAAUGUAUGUGAAAGUUUUAGGCUCAAAGGAUAAAGAACUAGUCUUAACAAUAUUUCUAAGGCAGAGAAGGUAACCAAAACAGUUUUGCAUUUCAGUUGCUGCUGGCAGCUGCCUUAGAUAAAGCGAACCUUUGGAUUAAUCAUUAUACUGGCAGUGAAAUGGUUCACUUAAAGGUUGAAUUUAGAAUGUAAAGCAGAAAAGUUCCUUCAAGCCUCUGCACGAAGUACAAUCAUAAUCCAGACUUUUCACUGUAGAUCAGUGAAAGUCUUCGGAAAUUUUUAGAAUAAUGUAUCUUUAGUAGGUACUGAGUUUUUUAUAUAAAAGUUACUGUGGCCUUUUCUACUCUGAAAUGUUUGUGUAAGUGCAGGACGUACUGUCAAAAUUCAUUAUAACUUGGAAAAGAUCCAUUAAAAUACAAAUACAGGUGGUAGCAUGCACUAUAUAUUUGGAAGCCUGUGCUUCUAGAUCUACUCUCCCUGCUCUGUGACACAAUUUUCUGAAUUUCCUCCUAGUGUCCUUCUAUUUUAAUCUUUUGUUUCACUUUAUUAGUUUAGAGGGCUUGGACAAAGUAGCUUUAUGACAAUUUUCUGUGGCAGGCACUAUCAGCAUGCCAGAGUUGAGUUCAACUUCUUUUAUUUUAACUUUAGGCCCUUACCAUGGGAUAUUUUUUGAAAAGACAUUGAACAAGUCAAUGAAUUUUAUUGCUGCGUAGGACUUUAGCAGAACUCAGUGAAAGGACUUGCUUAUCAGACUUUCUGAUGGCAAAAAAGAGGAGAUAAAAUUCUUGAGGGAGGAAAGAGUGAUUUCUGAAUAAGAACUUACUGCACUAAACUGUGUUUUGGCCUGUAUUGCAAAGGUUUUUUAUAAAUUUAACUCUCCAAAGACACUGACAAUUCUGUCUUAUCUGGAUAUUUUCAGCACACUUUAAUCGUCUUAGUAGGAAAACAUUUUAAAAAAAAAGAUUUGCUGUACGAAGUCAAAAAAAAGCAGCUUAAUAGACUUUAUUGCAUUGUAUGUUGGAAAUGUGUGAGAAUUAUCUUGAAAAUAGUAGCUCUUCUUUUCUUCUUUAAAAUAGAGAGAUGAUGGGGGGGAUUUUCUCACCUUUUUCUCCCAGCGGGAUUCAUUCUUGAGUUUGUAACAAUGCCAAGUUCUUAGUUCGUAUUUUAUACUUCUGGAGGAACUAUAGAAGCCAUACUAGUCAAUGAAGUACAUUGUAAAGAAAGCAUAAGAAGAAUUAAUCUUUUUUCAUUGUAGUAUUAUGUCUAAACUCAUAUCUGUCUUUAAUUUUAUUUAUUUAUUUUUUUCCAUGGAUUUCCAGUGUCAGUUGUGAAAACCAUGGUGCCUUAAGUUGGUUGUCUUAGUAAUGCUAUUCUAUAACUGCUAGUGAAUGUUACUAUACAAACAUAUCUUCAUCAUUUGUUUUCAGAACCGCGGUGCUUGAUGAAAGCAGUAGCAAAAGGAAAAUUUGAGAAACUUAUUUUGCUUGCAGCUUUCACCUAAAGUGUGAAGUAUGUUAACAGUAAAACAACAGACUGUUAUUUGUGUUUGUCUUCAUGCUAGAGGAUAUGUAAUUGCAUUCAUUUGGUUGAGUGUACCUAUUCAUGCAUUAUUUAAGAUCAGAUAUUUUAUAUAAUUUUUUUAAGUUCAAUACAUGAUCCCUAGAACUGUAUAAAUUUUAUGAAGUGUUCUAUUUUUGUAUUAUGUGCAAAUAACUUUAAUUUGUUGUGGUCUGUACCAUUAAUAAAAAAAUGUAAUUAAAAAAA